AUGGGUGUCUUCAUUCCUGCAAAUAAGUUGGCAAACUUAAAACUUUACAAGUACCAAUCGGAAGAUCAUUCGGUGGUCUCCAAACUUAUAUUGAAGUCAUGGUGGAACAACUUCGUUAAAAUUUUCCCCUUGUGGAUGGCUCCCAACGUCAUCACAUUGACUGGGUUAUUUUUCAUUUUCGCUAAUUUGGCCGUGGUAUUCUACUAUGACCCUACUUUGGAACAUACCACUCCAAGAUGGACGUACUUUUUCUAUGCCUUUGGGUUGUUCAUGUAUCAGACAUUCGAUGGGUGCGACGGGGCUCACGCUAGAAGAACUGGCCAAAGUGGACCAUUGGGUGAAUUGUUUGACCAUUCAAUUGAUGCCGUCAAUACUACCUUGGGUGUCAUGGUGUUCGCAUCAGUAUUCCAGAUGGGACACGGAAUUAUGUUGCUUAUUGCCCAAUUUGCAACUGUCUGCAACUUCUAUACCUCAACAUGGGAAGAAUACCACACUCACACAUUGUUUUUGUCGCAUUUCAGUGGUCCAGUUGAAGGUAUCUUGAUCGUUAUAGCAUUGUAUUUAAUCACUGGUAUCUUUGGACCAGGAAUUUGGACUUACAACUUACUCAAUUUGGACUUAUCCUCCUUGGGAUUAUCUCUGAGUUUCAAGAUAGACGCCUCAAUUGUCUAUGUGAUGAUCGGUGUCCCAUCAUUGUACUUCAAUAUCGCAACUGCUGUGGAAAACGUUAAAAAGUACUACAGAAACCCAUCUAGAAGUAAGCUCUCUACCGUGGCAGAGCAAGAAGCAGCAAUCCAAGAGUCAUAUAAGGGAUUGUUACCAUUUGCUUUCUACUAUGCUUCAGUGGUUCUCUACCUCAACUUGUACCCUGGUGUUCUCCCAACGUACGGAUUCCCCUUGUUAAUUUCCAUUGGAUUAACUGUGGCAUUUUCUGUUGGCAGAAUGAUCUUAGCCCACUUGACCUUACAAGACUUCCCAUACAUUCAGGCACCAAUGUUUUUACCAGUGUCCCAAAUCUCAAUCUGCUGGUUAUUGACCAACGUCUAUGGGUUUGACUAUGAUAUCGUCUUGGGAGCUGUGAACUGGAUAGGGCUUGGUUUGACCUUGGGUAUUCACGCCAUGUUUGUUACAGAAAUGAUCUACGAGAUCACAACUUACUUAGAUAUUUAUACGUUAUCCAUUAAGCAUAAGAAGCACUAG